AUGGAAGCAAUACUUCAAACAAUUAAUGAGUCACAGUACUCAUCACAACAGAGUAAUGGCUGGCUGAAUGAACGGCAGGUGUCAUUUUCUGAUAUAAUAAAUGGUAUGCUGCACUCACAAUUCAGAAAUAUCCAGUGGUUACUGCCAGCAAUAUUUUCAUUGUCUGUUGCACUGCUAACAAAAUUAAUAUGUGAUGUAUACACUUACAAGAAAAAAGUUGAUAUAACUUAUUUAUAUAUGGAGGAAAACAUCUCUGAUAUAAAAGAACUGGCUGACAUACUGAAGAAUUAUACUACUUCUCAACAUAUACUGGAGAGAGGAGUUUUCCUUGCUUGCAACAAGGAAAAUGAGAAUGAAACCCAAAUAAACAAUAUGAAGAGUGAAAUUGCACUCUUAAAAAUAACAAUACAAAGCAUGGAUGGAUCUAACACUGUAAAUAUGGAGGCUUUUGUAACAGCAGUCCUAAACUAUCUACAAAAUUACCACAGAGAAACCACAGCAUAACCUCACAAAUUAAGUCCUUGAAGAGCUAAGCAAGGUGAAUCCUGUACAAAAGGCAACAGGUAAAAAGUUCCACUUAGAAAAAUGAGUCACUGUUUACUAUACACCAUUUUUUGCACAAACUUUUGAAAAAACUGGAAGGAUAGGAAUGAAUCUGUAAUAUGGUUUGUUUAUCUUCAGUAUUGUAGACUGGUAUUACU